AUGGCGGCUAAAGUACCACGUAAUUUUAGAUUACUUGAAGAGUUGGAAAAAGGAGAAAAAGGUAUUGGCGAUGGUACAUGUAGUUAUGGGCUUUCAAAUAGUGAUGAUAUAUAUAUGAGUGAUUGGAAUGGUACAAUUAUAGGUCCUGGCCAUACCAUUCAUGAAAAUCGUAUUUAUAGUUUGAAACUUCAUUGUGAUGAUAAUUACCCAGAUUCUAUACCAACUGUUUACUUUAUUUCUCGGAUUAAUUUGCCUUGUGUUAAUCAACAGACAGGAAAGGUUGAAUCAUCUAAAUUAAAUUGUUUGGCUAAUUGGAAGAGAACCAAUACUUUGGAAACUGUGUUAACAGAAUUACGUCGGUAA